AUGGCGACCCGAGAGACAGAUGGACUUCGAAAUGCCAACAGAUACAGCCAGAUUGGAAUUACCGGCGACACUACCGAUGCAACAUUCGGGAAUCGACAUGGACCUACAAAUACCUCGGACUUGGAUGGCAGAUGGUAUAUUUACAAUAAUAUUUCACUACACAGGAGUACCACAUCUCACGCAGAGCGGAGAUCCCAGUCAACGGCAGCUAUCCAGCCACUUAGCUACGAAGAUACAUCAGUUCUUCAGCGCAAGCAGCCUGCCGGCUGUAAGGCCUGCAUCCAAUACUGGAAAAAAUGCACUACCUGCCAGAAGUCACUCAUCGUCAUGGUUAUUGUUCUACUCAUAACAAUUGCUGCCACUCUACCUCCAGUGCUAUUGAAGACCUCAAAGCGACAUCAGUCAGGGAGUGGUUCAGCUAUCACCCUCGGUAUCAACAGACACGAUUUCCUCUUCAAGUUCCUCGCACACGAGUAUACCUACGCAGAGCACAAAAGCCCUCACAUCUACCAACUCUGUAGCCCAGACUACGACGUCACAAGAGCGGCAGACACAAUCAGCCGUCCCAUCGGUGACACUGGUGCCGGUGCUCAGCACAACAUCUACCACAGCACCAUCGACACCAGCGUCCACCACGCCGCAGGCGACAUCGCCAACUGGGUUUCCCUGAGGAUCGUGAAUGUCGAAUACGCUACCGAGGAAGGUGCCGAGGGCGAGUAUGAAGUCGCGCAGAAUGAGAGCAGGGAUACCGUGACGGAUACAAAAUUCGAGGGACUGGGAGGCAACGUCGAAGAACUUAUGAAUUGUGAAGCCAGCGAGAUCGGGGCGCAAGCAGCCGAGAGCGAGGACGCAGAGACGAAGGAGUCCGAAAUAGCCCAGUGCUUCGGUAUCAUUUGGUCGUUGUUGCGGGCCAUGGGGUAUGAGGAGUAUAGGGAGAACAUAAAACGUUGCAGUGAGCCCGCCGAGGAGGUGGGGGAAAAGGAAGAAGGAAAUACAGUCCCUCGCAGAGCGAAGCAUAUGGGGCUUAAAGAGACCGAGGAGAAGCGCAGAGAAGCCGACAACUAUACGGAGGGGCAGAUAUCUGCGGCCCGGCCACAACAGGACCUGUCUCACAAGAGGAGGCACCUGUGGGGAGUUGAAAGCCAGCAUCGCGCUGCUCUGCAGUUCCUGCUCGUCUGA